GACCUUGUUCGUGGUCUGUGAUAUGUUCCCACGUGGAUUAGUUAAAAAUAGAAUAGUUCUUACCUGAUUGGAGUAUGUUUAAUUAUUACAACAAAACAUGCUAAGCAUUAAAUCUGAAAGCCCAUUAGUAUAGAAACACUCAAAAGAGUAACAUUUCAAAAGUAUAGCACUUACUAGUCUGGGACUUGUCAUUGCACUAAAUCAAAAUGUUGAUUGAGGAGGAAUGUUCACAAACAGUCAAAGCAGCAUCAUCAUCAGCAGAUUCCAAUAGAUUCACCGACAGUGUUAAUCAUGAUUCCAUUAGGAAAAGGAAAACUGAUGUAAAUAAAAAUAAAUCAUCAGAAAAGGAAACAAACAAUAAUCAUGACAAUAUUAAAAACAAUAAAGAACAUUGUGAAUCAUGCUUAAAAGAACAAAAAAUUACAUCUGAGAAUCAUACUGAGCGAAGAAGAAGUUCUCUUAUGGAAAGCAUUGAUUGGUUCAAAAGAACAUUGAGUGAACCAGAAUUUAUAAUGUAUGGAAAUAAUGAAAAGAGUAAAGGAGAGAUUCAUAAACAUGCUGAUUCCCUGUUAAGCACAGCCAGUGGUUUUACAAACUACAGAGGAUUGUUGAACCUAUGUAUUUUACUGCUGGCAUUGGCAAAUACAAGACUGUUUUUGGAAAAUAUAUUAAAAUAUGGAAUUUUGAUUGAUCCAAUAAAAAUUAUACACUUACUUAUAUCAGAACCAUACAGUUGGCCAAAUGUCAUUCUUAUACUAGGGUCCAACAUUUUUGCUCUUGUAGCAUUAUUUAACGAGAAAUUGUUGGCCAAAGGAUGGUUAUCUGAAAACACAGGCUUUGGGAUUACUGUUGUUAACGUGGUAUUAUGUCUACUAAUUCCAAGUACAGUUAUAUUGGUUUUACACCCUAAUCCAAUAUUUUCCUGUAUCACAUGUGGGCUGUACUCAGUGAUGUUCCUGAAGCUGGUGUCCUAUUUCAGUGUCAACAGAUGGUGCCGCUUACAGAGGACAGAAAAUACAAAGAUAAAAAGAAGAAAAUCUUUAAGUGUAUCAGAAUCAAUGCUCAAAUCAGAAAAUGGAAAACCUGAGACAAUGCUUGUCAGUUAUCCAGAUAAUCUGAACUAUACAGAUUUAUACUAUUUCCUGUGUGCUCCCACUUUAUGUUAUGAGUUGAAUUUCCCAAGGUCCCUGAGGAUCAGGAAGAGAUUUUUACUGAAGAGAGCAAUAGAAAUGAUUUUUUUGUCUCAGCUGAUAAUGGCUUUAGUACAACAGUGGAUCAUUCCAACAGUUAACAAUUCAAUGAAACCUUUAAGUGAAUUGGAAUUCCCAAGAAUGGUGGAGAGAUUACUGAAAUUAGCAGUACCAAAUCAUAUCAUCUGGUUGAUAUUUUUCUACUGCUUCUUCCAUUCAUCUUUAAAUGUAAUAGCAGAAAUAUUAAGAUUUGGAGAUAGAGAAUUUUAUAAAGAUUGGUGGAAUUCAGAAACAGUAGACAAAUUCUGGAAAACCUGGAAUGUACCAGUCCAUCGUUGGUGUGUAAGACAUUUGUUUAAACCUCUUGUAAAAAGGGGAUAUUCCAAAAUGUUUGCUUCAGUGGCUGUCUUUGCAUUAUCAGCAUUUUUUCAUGAAUUUAUAGUCAGUGUACCAUUAAGAAUGUUCCGAGUAUGGGCAUUCUCUGCUAUGUUGGGACAGGUGCCGUUUUCAUUAUUCGUCAACAAAUAUUGUCGUCAUGAGAAGUAUGGUAACAUGGCGGUGUGGUUGUCUCUAAUACUAGGACAGCCUAUUGCUAUAUUUGCAUACGUCCAUGACUAUUACAUAAUACAUUAUGCAGCACCUACCUGAACAAUGGCAUCCUUCUUUUCUUAACUGUGAUACAUAAUAAGAACAAUAUAAUAUAGACUUCAGCUUAAUACUGAAUUGAAAAAAAAAAAUGUUUAAAAAAUCAUUUAUAUCAUAUUGUCAUGAUCAAUUCUAUCUGAUAGAUGUCACAAUGGUCAAAUUAGGGCCAUCAAGCAUUGUAUAAAUAAACAUAAAGUUUUUCCUUCAACAUUCAAGUUCAAAUUUUUGCUAAUGGUUGAGUUUAAAUCCAUACUUUUUUUCUGUUUUGUACUUAUAAUAUUUAGUUUGUCAAAAGGCAGCUAAAAGCUCCUUUCAUUUCAAAAUCAUGGAUGACAGUAUUUUUCGACAAUAUGUCACUAAAAAAUCCUUUAAGGACGUGUUUAAAAUGGAUAUACACUGAUACCGUAUAGCGGGUUAUUUUCGCGGGUGUAAAAUUUCGCGAUUUUCAUUAAACAAGGUAUACGAAAUAUUUUAGCGGUUAUUAUUUUGGCGGAUGAAAACUUUUAUUAAUACCUUUGCAUGUACACCAUUAAUUUGGCGGAAUUUAUUUUGGCGACUUUCUCUUAUCCGCGAAAAUAAGCGAAAAUUUACACCCCGCGAAAAUAACCCGCUAUACGGUAAUACAUGGUGAUUUUGCAAUAACUAAGUCUCAAGGUCAAAAGGUUUAGAUGAUGUUCUCAUAGAGAUAAAAACUAGCUUGGGAUAAGGUAUGAACAAAAUGAUGUUAUUGAACACUUUUAUGUACUUUUAUGUAUAUGACAAUAUGAUAAUACUUUGUAAGAUGAUCAUAGUUAUACCAUAUAACAAUGUCAUAAUUAUUAGAAUUAAUGGUAAUGGUAUUUUUGUUUAACUGUCUCUGCUUUGUGUGAAUAAAAUUCAUAAUCUUUAAUGUUAUAGUUUCUGUUUUAGUAAUGAACAUAUUGUGUCCAUUAAAAGAUAUGAUGCUACUUCAAGCAGAUGCAUUCUGUUAAUGGUGAAUCGACCAAGAAAUAUAAACACUCAACAAAAUUUUCAUGUUAUUUGUCUUUUAUAUGUUUUUCAAUGCAAACACAAUGACUUUUUAUUUUAUAUAGUAUUUUGUAUAUCAGUUUGACACUUUCUUACAAAUUUUCUGAUAUCUUGUCAUAUUAAGCAUUUUGAAUGUUAUUUUGUUUCAUCUUCAAUAAAUGUCAGUGAGUGAAGCAUAGGUUUUACUUUUCUGAUGGCAGCAGCAUCAUUGUUUUUUUUUAAGUGUAAGGAUUUAGUCCCUUUUAGA